AUGUUGAGUGAUCAAAGAGCUCUAGUACCCACCUCAACCAGCUCAAGCAACAAUCUUCUACAGUACCUCGAUGAGCCCGAGGCCGAGCCCGAUUGUUCUCCGGUCAUCCGGGACAUCCACGCCCUGACCCCGCCGCCGCCUCCGGCUGCCUCCGCCGGCCGGUCUCCGGCCCUCUCCACAUCAUCGACCGAGAACUUUUCGAGCAUGAGCCGAGAGUUCAACGCCCUCGUCCUCGCAGGGUCCGCCAUCGGUGUGCCCCGCGAGCUCGACGGGAUACGCGAGGAGAGAGAAGAGAUCAACCCCUUAGCCAUCGUGCCGGACAGCAGCAAUCCGGCGGUGGUGGGGCCCACGCGGGAGGUCUCGUCGGUGCAGAGGGUGAAGAAGGAGGAGGUGGAGACGAAAAUCGGCGCGUGGCAGAACGCGAAAAUCGCGAAGAUCAAUAACCGGUUCAAACGGGAAGAUGCAGUGAUCAACGGCUGGGAGGGGGAGCAGGUCCAGAAGGCCAAUACCUGGAUGAAGAAAGUCGAGAGAAAGCUUGAGGAGAAAAGAGCAAAAGCGCUCGAGAAAAUGCAAAACGACAUCGCGAAAGCUCACAGAAAAGCAGAGGAAAGAAGGGCAUCUGCCGAGGCCAAGAGGGGCACGAAAGUCGCCAGAGUCUUGGAAGUAGCGAAUUUGAUGAGGGCCGUCGGCCGGGCCCCAGUCAAGCGGUCAUUGUUUUGA